AUGUCUCUCAUGAUGCAUCCUCAGGUCGCUGAUGCUGUCUCUGACUCGUCACCAGCGGUUGUGUCCUUCACAAAACCCCUCUUAUCACCUCCGUUGCGCUCCAACUCUACGACAACUACAAGCUGUAGCAAUAGCAGCAAUACAAGCACCAACUCAACAUCAUCAUCAUCCACUUCUUCUACCAACAAGUUGAUUUUGGAUUAUUUAUUGUAUCUUUCCAUUCAAUCACGUCUCAAACAAGCUGAAGUCGAGCUCGCUGAUGAUAACACUGAAGCAACCGAGAAACGUUGGAUCGAAGCCGCAUCACGAGCCGAAAAAGAUAAGCGUGCUGUAGAAUCGGUCGUAGCUGGUGUACUUUCUGGUGGUAAUGCUCCCUUCAAUGACCUUGAUCAACGACUUCAUCUUUGCCAGUUGGCCAAUCUUGUCUUUGGACGAUUCAACAAUACGUCUUCAUCUUCUUCCGAGCAUGUGAUUACACAACACAACACUAGCACAAGCACUCACCGACGUGUACGACGCAACAAUAAUCAUGCACAAGAGCAGAUCAACACUGGUGUCUUUUCAAAUACAAUUCAAUCAGCCUUUUGCAGACGCCACCGUCGCCAAGAUUGCCCCUCACAACAAUGCAAGUCAACGUGUGCAUCUUCAGCACCAGGUCUUACAGAUGCUAUCCCCGUUUUCCUCAAGGCCAGUGCUGAUUUAUUGAGACUCACUCUUGAUAACACAAGCGAGGAUGCAGUGCCUAUGGUUUUUGCUGGUCAACGUGUGAUGGGUGGUGGUAUGCCUCCACGUUGGUAUGAUCUCUUUUUGGAGUUAUUGACACAAGCUGCCAUCGAGAGCUACAUGUGCGACGGCCAAUCAGGAUUGGAGCCUAUCCACGAGAUCUUUUCAUUUGGUGAUGUAGAAGAUGAAGAUGAGCCUGAUCAAGAAGAUGAGGAAGAUGAGGAUGAGGAAGAUGAAGAUGAAGAAGAAGAGGCUGCUGAGGAAGAUGAAGAUGAUGAGGAUGAGGAAGAUGAAUGGGGUGUGAGUGCAGCAGAUCACCAUUUGUUGUUCCCAAAGACUCGUACCAUGUUCCUUUUCAAGACGCAACGACGCGAACGUGAAAAAGAGUUUUUGAUGGUUGAAGGAGAUGAUGAUUUGACACAGCACUUUAUCAAGUUGGCACAACGUUAUCCAUUGGAAGCAUUUGAAAAGAGCAUGAAUGAAUUUAUCCAAAUGACCCUCAGUUCCACUGAGAAGCCCGCUCUGAGUGAGCAAGGAACCACAUCAACUGAAGCCAAUGCGUUACCACAAAUCUACAAAUACUUGGGCGACGGGUCGCUCUUGAUGCCAGAGAUUCCUGAGGAAGAUGGCAACAGUAGCACAGCAACUACCGAUACAAAUGCAAUGGAGCAACAACAACAUGGGCAAAAGCGACGAGCGUCCCUGGAUGAAGAACAAGAUCUACCCGACCCUAAACGAUCCCGAUAA